GGCUGUCUUUUCAUUCCCUAAACACAAAAUUUGAAACACAAGAUUCCAAAUCAAAAUCUUUGAUUUAAAAAACUCAUAUUUGUUUAACGAGUAGAGAAAGAAAAGGGGAAAUUUGAAAAACAUUGGAAGAGAAGAAAAUGGAAGGAGAAAUUAGGGUUUGGUGUUUGGAACAUCUUCUUAGAAAAUCAAGCAUCAAGACCAACCUCAUCAACAAAUUUAUUUCUAAAAUCUCACUCUCCAAUACCGAUUACCGCACCAAGAAAACAAUGAUCCUCAGAACCCUCGAAGAUGCCUUGUCGGAAGCAUUUAUCCCAGAAUAUAUGCUCCAAAUUUUUGAGGUACUAGAAAAACUGUUACUUUGUCGCGACUCUUCAAAUCCAAAUUCAAAUUCAAAUUCAAUCGCUGCUGCCAUGAAAGCUGCUUAUUGUAGUAUUGCAGUUGAAUCUACACUCAAGCAUCUCGAUGCAGGAACAUCAAACCCUAUGUACGGCAAAGCGGUGAAGAGGAUAUGGAAAGAUAGGGUUCAUGAUAUGCACAAUGAGGGAAGUAGUUUUCUAUUAUCCGAUGAAUUGAAAGAAUGGAAAAGUGAGAUUGAGAAAUCGCUUUUGGAUGGAGAAGUUAGGAAGAAGCUUGCUUCCAUUCCGUUUACUCGAAGAGACGCGAUUGUAAAGGUGCAGGCUUUUUUGGCUGAAGCUUGGGAGGACUUAGGCCCUUCCUUUCUUGAAUCAGUGGCGAACAAUCAGUUGGAUUCGAGUGUGGAUGGCUUGCAGAAACAACAGGAAGUUUCUCCAAUAGAAAUUCGGAAAGACAAUGAGAAGGUUGAAGGGAAGUUUACUACUGCUGUUGAUCUUGAGGAAGUGGAUUUAUCAACCUCUUGUGUAAAAGCUGACACUUUGCGGAUUAGCGAGAGCACGAAGAAUGGGGAAUCUCUUAAGGGAAGUUCUGUGGAGUUGCAAACCUUGGCCAAGGAUUCUGGUUUGGUAAUUGAGGACACGAAUGAGGAGCCACAAAUGGAAAACCCGAGUUUGGAUGCAAACUUGCCCAACGCACAAGCUUGCCAGGGUAGUAAUAAUAACGAGACUAAUCUUAAUGAGACAACUUCUGUUCAUCAAAGUGAUGCUCAUCUCCCUAACUUGAUGAAACCAAAUAGUACUGCUCGAACUCAUGAGUGGGAUGAUUCCAUAGAUGGCUUACAUGCUAGUAAAUUUAGUUUGCCUAGUCCAAAGAGGAGGAAACAUUCUCCAUUGAAGGCGUAUGAACCAAAAAACAUCGUAAAAAGGAGAAAACCGAAAAAAUGGAGUAAAUUGGAAGAGGAUACCCUAAGAACCGGAGUAAACACAUUUGGCAAAGGAAACUGGAAACUAAUCCUUAACGCGUAUACGUUUGAAGAGAGAACUGAAGUUGAUUUGAAGGACAAAUGGAGAAACAUGAUGCGGUAUGGAGGCGAAUGAAUCAUUUGGCAGUGCAUAGUUUUUUUUGUGAGAUAGUUCAUAUGACCUACAUUAGCUAUACAACUGAGUCCAUAUAAUGAACUAAAAUUAAGAUGUACAUAUCUAUUUUGAAUUUGAGAGGUAUGUUUCAAUGUAUUUUUGCAUACAACCAUUAUGUUAUUGGCUUAUUAUGUUUCUAGACAACACCAAUUAGAGUUAGCACCGAAAACCGACUUAUAAUCAAAAUGAAAAAAAGUUCAAUUAUUGAAGUUGUUUAUAAUAACACGGACUCUAGGUUGUUAAUCUUGGAUAAUGGUGUGCAACAUCGAACCCCUAAAAAUUCUAUUAAGAUGUUUGGAAUUAGGGAAAUUUUUUUUUCGAGAGAAUUAAAAAUGAUUUGAUGAAAAUCCAUAGUUUAGAUGAAAAAUAUAGAUAUUUGUUAAAAUGAUGUAAAUUUAUGAAGUUUUUUAUUAUUUUAAAUUUAAAGAAUUUCAAAUGACACAAAAAA